CUACAAGGCAGGGUUUUAGGUUUCAGUUUCUGUAUUGGACGGCAGCACUGUUUGGAAUCCACUGAAAGAAAACCGUUUCCCAGAUAUUCUAAACUGGAAGAUAUUUAAAGAAUUUAAAAAUCUUUAAAGAAAGGAGAGAGAAGCUUUACAUCAGAGCAACUAGUGAAAAUCAGAUUUGCUAAGGUAGGUGCACUGGAUGACAAAUACCCAUUUUCAGUUACAACACAGGAGAGUACAUCAACAACAUGGCAACAAGGAUGACAGAAUGUCCAUUUUGAAAAACGUUGCAGAUGAACAAAUUGUCCAUUUCUUCAGGACCAACAAAGUGGAAAUAUCAGCAGCAAUAGAUAAUCCCUAUCCAUUUUUAUAUUCCUUGAAAGAUCACGAUUUAAUAACUGAAGAAGUACUUGAGCAGUCAAGGAACAAAUCUGUGACAUGGAACUUAAAUGAAAAGGUAUACCUCAUACUGUCUGAAUUUGAAAAGAGUGGAAUUUCUGUUAUAAGACAAGUGAUGUCUCUCUUAUGGAAAGAUACAAAUCUUCAGCAUUACCCUAAACUUAAAGAUAUUUACAGCUACUUUUACAAAGAUGGUACUAAUGUUGCAGAAACACCACUUUCUGAAGUUUCUUUCAAAACAGGAUCUCCUGAUGUCAGUUCAUCAGGAUCUGGUCCUGUAAGUGAGCCUGUAUUCACAGAUAUUUCGUACAACACACCAGUUCCAGAUGUUUCCUCAUCAGGGUCUGUUUCGGUCACAGAGAUGGAAUUUUCAGAAGUUCCUUACAGUGUAGCCUCGCCAGAUGUUUCUUCCUCAGGUGAGUUGUCUUUAUUGAAAUUGCAAGAACAUGAUGGAACAAGUUGA